AGAAAUAUCGCACUUGUCCGGAUAAGAGCCGCGAGCCGGUGGCGCCGCGCGCGGGGACAGGUCCAGACACGAGCCGCGGCCGGGCGCGUCUCGUCCUCAUGGCCUCCUCUUCCGUCUUCUCCCCGCUGUUCCAUGCCCUCCGGCCGUCUGCCUCCGGCUGCUGCGCGCGCUCCCACGCCGUGUCUGUCGACAACGCCGCCGCUGCCCCGCGGACGGCGCCCCUCGCGGCGGUUGUCAGCCACAGGAGGGAGCUGUUGCUGGGGGCGGGGGCGGCAUUGGGCGCCGCGUUCCUGAAGGCGCCUCUGCCGGCCGAGGCGCGCGAGGUCGAGGUCGGCGCGGUCCUGCCGCCGGCGGCGUCCAACCCCGGGUUCGUGUUCUUCCGCGCCACUUCCAAGGACACCCCUGCACUUCGAGCUGGCAAUGUGCAGCCUUACGAGUUCAUUCUGCCGCCCACCUGGAAGCAGACGCGAGUGGCGAACAUCCUGUCCGGCAACUACUGUCAGCCCAAGUGCGCGGAGCCGUGGGUGGAGGUGAAAUUCGAGGACGACAAGCAGGGCAAGGUGCAGGUGGUGGCGUCGCCGUUGAUCCGCCUGACGAACAAGCCGAACGCCACGAUUGAGGACAUCGGGAGCCCCGAGAGGCUGAUCACGUCGCUGGGGCCUUUCGUCACCGGGAACACCUUCGACUCCGACGAGCUCAUCGACACCUCCGUGGAGAAAAUUGAUGGCCAAACCUACUACAGCUAUGUGCUGGAGACUCCACUGGCCUUGACCGGUUCUCACAAUCUGGCCAAGGCCACUGCCAAGGGGAGCACGGUGGUGCUCUUCGUUGCCAGUGCCAACGACAGACAAUGGCAGUCGUCGGAGAAAGUUCUCAAGACGAUAGUGGAUUCAUUUAAAGUGUGAUGAUCGCUGCAGGUCUUCAAGUGCGACCAGUGGUGGUGAUACGAGGCAUUUUGACAAGGGAAAAGCGCGUUGCUUUUGAAGCUUGGAAACCACAGGAAGCAGUUUUUUUUUUCUUGUAUGUCAUCUAAAUAAUCAUCAUAAAAUAUAAAAAAUUUGAAAAGAUAGAUUAAU